AUGUUCGAUCUCAAACGGGGCAAAAAGACUUUACCCUAUUUGCCUGAUCCAGAUGUCAAGCCACCAUACCUUAUCGAGAUGUUGAGUUAUCCAUACCCGGAGGGGUACACGGUGCCGAAGUUCAUCAAAUUCAAUGACAAGCAAGGAAAUGCUCGAGAACAUGUUGUUCGAUUCAUUAAGACUUUGGGGAUUCAUGUGUAUAAACAACCAAUUGACCUAACUUCUUCUCAUUUUCUCAUCCAUGUGAAACGGCACACAGCACAGAGUGAUCGGCGACAGCACUUCUCAGGUUAUCGGUUAAUGCAGAGAGAUAAAAAAGCUGCACUCGUUCGUUGGGGGCAAUUACUACAUCAGCUUUGCUCGAAGACAUUGAAGGUGAAGGAUUUGGAAAAAUUAGAGGAUCGCAUAGUACUCAUAUUAUGCAAGCUGGAGAAAAUUUUCCCACCGGCGUUCUUUGAUGUGAUGGUCCAUUUAGCCAUUCAUUUGCCCCAUGAAGCCAUUCUUGGUGGGCCUGUGCAAUAUCGGUGGAUGUACCCCAUUGAAGGGAAUCUGUUCCCAUGA